AUGUCUUUGAUUUCUGCUGCUGCUGACCUCAACGACACGAGCUCCACCACGUCCGCUGGCUCAGCAAGAGAAUCCAAGGUGUACCGCAAAAAUGGUAAAGCACUUUCAAAGGAGGCAAUUUACAGGGCCAAGCAAAAGUAUGGGGUCUAUCAAUCACCAGCUAGAAGCACUGGGUCCGGCGUAACUGACGCUAAGCAGGCCUCCGAUACUGCUGCCAACCUUGCAAACAACAACAGGACUACGAUUGAGGCGUACAAACGUCUCGUUGUCGACUCCAAUGCUUCAAGGGCUGCCACUGCGGUCUCAGGGCGUUCAAGAACGUCCAGUGUGUCAUCCGCAACCACAGCAGUCUCUGACAAGAGAUCUACUAGUGCGGCGACCAAGGCACUAGCGGCCAAACCUGUGGAAGUUCCAGUGGUGGCUAGUAAGCCCGCAAUGGAUAUGUCCAAAGUUCUUUCUGGAGCUGAAGCUGCAGCCGGUAAACGCAUGAACGUGCGUUCAAAUCCUGAAAAAAUAGUGUAUGUCACCACGAAGGACGCAACGAAGGCUGCAGAACGCAGUUUCUCGUUCACUCCAGAUAUCAUGGACAAGAUCUCCACUAAGAGCCAGCUUGAAGCGGAAGCUGAGGUCGAAGCAGACCCUCACAAAUACGCCUCGCGUGCGGCCUACGCUGUUCGUGAUUUUGAUCCCAACGAAAUUACCGAAAAGGAGCUUUUGGAACGUGAAAAGAAGAAGCAGGAAUAUUUCGGUAUGCUAACUUCGCCACAGGUUCUAGCCCUUGCCAAAAGCAACGCUCAGCAAAGCUUACUGUCAAUUGAAAAGUCUGCACCAGGCAGUCUGUUCAGAAACGAAGACUUCAACAGGUUGGCUGUCGCUCUGGCUCAGAAAAACAAUGCUCAAAGAUCAGAAAACACCGGAAAAAUCAAUUUGGGUGGAGGCUUGUGGUUGAGCCCCUCUGAUGUUGACAACAUUGCUCAAGGACUCAUUACUCCUGUUUUGGAUGAGGUUGACAGUAGGGCUUUGCAGCAGAGAGCCAUUGAUGAAGAUAUCAAGCAAAGAAAGAUUGACUACAAGGAGCAGAACACUGCUUGGACAGAACUGCAGCGUAACAAGAUUGCAAAUGACAAGAUGUACUCUAGGGAGACCCGCUUGAGACACAAACGUGAAACUGAAGGGUUGCACGCGAGAGCUGAGAGAAAGUUCGAAGUCUUGACUACUUCGAAAGAUGCUGAGGUUGCAGAAACUGAAAAAGCUUUGGAAGAGGCCGCAAGUAAUUUCGCCGCUUUCCAGAAAAAGAUGGAACAAGAACUCAAGGAUGAGGAAAUUCGUUGUCAAACUGAGCUUGCUAACCUUGCCUCUGAGCAGAAGGACGGUAUUGCUAUUGCCCGCAAAGAACAAGAUGCGGAAAUUCAGCCAUACAUUGAUGACCUCAAGGCUGCGGAAGCAGAGCACGAAAGACUCGUCACCGAGCGUGACAAUUUGACCCAAGCUAUCGCAGACUUACGUACGUCGAUUGAGAACCACAAGACGAAAAUUGAAGAGCUUGAUCAGCAGCUGGUCAAAUCUAAAGCAGACCACGAAGAGGAGGAACAGAAGCUCCAAAAUUUGUCCACCGAAAAGGAUGAAUUUGCAGGGAAAAUUGACUCUCAUUACGUGCUUCUAACGGGAAAAGCGAAGGAACAGGCUCAUCAAUCCUCCGAAGAAUCUCGCUUGAGGCAAUUAGAGGUUGACGCUAUGAUCAAUGAACGUCAAGGCGAGCUAAAUGCUGCGGAGCUACGUUUGAAAAAUGAAAAAUUGUCCCUGCUUGAAGCCAUGAGAAGCGUUACUCACUUGAAGGGCGACAAGAAGCUUGAUGAGGAAAAGGUCAAGGCACUUUUGGGAGAAACAUCUGAGGAGUUUAUUACUCGGCAGAAGGAGGCUGAAAAGGUUACGGAGGAGACCGAGUCUGCUAAAGAAAGCUUAUCUGACGAGGAUUGUAAGAAGGACUCGAAAGCAUCUUUAGAAGACAAGGGCGAGAACGUUAAAGCUUCGGAAAAGGACAUGGGUAAAGAAGAGACCGAAGCCACGCCUAAAAAGGUUACUAAGUCACCAAAUGCCCGUCCAAGUAUGGUCGAUGCAGUCCUGCCCCCUGAUUUCAAGCCGGAGAUUAAACCAAAAAAACAAACACCUGCUAGCAGUCCCUCUAAAAAGGCCAAUUUAGCCACUCAACCAGAAUCCCCACAGAAUGGCGUGAAGAGAUCAGGAUCCCUGAAGAAAAAACUACUUGGUUUUGUCCAAAAAGACUCCUCAAAACCUGCAACUGAAUCGGCCAAACCGGUAGCGAAAGUCAGCGCUAAGCCUGCGACGGCCACCACUAGCAAAAAGAUUGCUGAGGAACCUAUCGAAAAGCCAAAAGCUGAGGAAAAGACUGGAGAAUCGAAAAUUUCUUCGAAAUCCAAACACGACGGCGACGCGGUGGCGAAAACCGUUAAAGAAGGAGAAGACGAGUCUUCAAAGGAAGCCUCUAAGAAGCUGCCCGAGACUUCCAAAACAACCAAUCCUGAAAAUAUCACCGAGGACGCCACACCGCUAGAAGCUCUGGAAUCUAGAGCCUCUGCAAAGGACGUUGAUACUAUUGAAAAUUCUGACGAUGAACUGGAAGCUCCAGAUUCCAGCGAAGCAGCAGAGAAUGACAACGCUGUCGACGCUGAGAAAAAGGGUAGUCUUUUCAAAGAAGUCUUUUGA